CUUGACGCGAUGGCUCUAACUUUCACGCGACGAGCUGCAGUUUGAAAUGCGCUCGCUUCGCCUGCACUCGCUGGGGCUACCUGUUUUUUCUCUGUAUAGUUAGAUGCUCGUAACACGAUGGCGCAUCAAACAGUUCGGUCUACGUCAAUCGCGACUGUUGUGGCAUGGCUCAUCGUUUGGGGCACAGCUGUAGCCCGCGCACAGCAAGGCUCCAUCGGUGACAUCCUGGCGAGAAACCAUGUGCUGGCGAACAUCUCUGGGCCUGGGGAAGCGAGCCUGUUAACCCAGUUGGCGCACAUCGUGCACAUGCCCACCAGCACGAAGCUGCGCAUCAUCCAGGAGCUGCAGCACGGCCACGCGGCCCGCUUCUGCCACGAGCUGCUGGGCUCCCACCCGCGCCUGCACGCCGACAACCUGGCCGCCUGGUUGGCCCGGUCGCGCAGCUUCCUGACGGCCUACGUGCGGGGGCUGUGGCCCGUGUACCACGGCCACGUCAAGGUGGCCAUCAACCAAACCGCGCUGAGCGGUCUACCGCUGGUGCGGCGCCUGUUGCUGUCGCAGCUGCUGACGGCCUGGCUGGAGGACUGGGGGCGGCAGCUGCCGGAGGGGGCGGAGCAGGGCGUGGCGGCGCUGGUGGCGCAGCUGUACGACAUCCACCAGGCGGCGGUGCUGCAGCGCGGUGUGAUGGAGUACUUCCACAUCUCCAAGUCGGGCGGCACCAGCUGGAACGCCGCCGCCAAGAUGAACGGCUGCGUGCGGGCCCAGGCGGGCGGCAGCCACGUCAAGGGCUUUGACGACGAGUGCCGCUGGAUCGACCAGGCCGUGUACAAGAACAUCACGGGUGGCAGGAAGAUCAUGUGGGGCCGCUGGGGCCGCGUGCUGCGCGCCACCAAGUUCCGCGGCUGCCACGCCCGCUUCGACCACAUGGCCGCCAAGGGCUUCAGCUACACCUCCAACGAGUACACGCUGCAGGGUGGCCAGAACGACAUCUACGACGUGCACACCUGCCCCCAGGCCGUCAACGUGGUCACCGUCAGGGACCCGGUGCGACGCAUGGAGUCGGCCAUCCGCUUCAUCAUGAUGCACGCCAAGGCCGCCUACCGCAGACACACAGACCCCGAGCGGCCCAAGGUGGGCGAGGCGGCGUUCGAUGCGGUGUGGUGCAACUCCAGCGCGGCCUUCUGGCGGGCCCUGGCGCCGCCCAUAGCCGACAACUACAACGUCAGGUCGUUCCUGGGCGAGCGCGGCUUCCACACGCCGCUGGGGCGGCUGGGUCAGGAGCACGUGGCCGUGGCCAAGGACGUGCUGCUGCAGUUUGACCUGGUGUUGGACCUGGACGCGGGUGAGGCCGCCAACGACCGCAUCACCUACCAGGCCCUGGGCUGGCCGGCGGCACUGAGCAGGGCUCACGCGCUGGACGCCUCCAAGUUGAGCUCCAAGAUGAACCUCAACUACAGCGCCUGCCACCCCGCGGCCCCAGACCUGGAGCAGCUGCGGGCGGCGCAGGCGCCAGACGUGGAGCUGUACACAUUCGCCCGCGUGCUGAACCUGCUGGACGAGCUGUGGCUGGACAUGGCUCGGGCGGCGGGGCGGCAGCCGGUGCCGGGGGGCGGACUCACGCCGGAGGCGGCGCCGGAGGAGAUCAAGUGCGGCAUGCUGUGGCGCGGCGCCAACCGCAGCGCGCUCGUCCACGCCGUGGGCCACGUGUCCUCCGGAAAUGGAUCCACGGUCAACUUUGACGCGCUGGUCAACGCCACGCUGGCGGGCUACCAGGGCGACGCCGCGGAUCCCGAGGGCGUCGUGGAUCCACGCGAUCAGGCGGACGGAUCCAGUGCUGCUGGAUCCACAGAUGCGGAUGAAGAUGGAUCCGAUAAGGAGGAGGAUGGGGAUGGGGAUACGGCAGGGGGAGAUGACUUCCACGACGAUGCAGCGCUGAUGGGGAAGGAGGGCAGUGGUGGUAGUGCGGCGCCCGGCGGUGGCGGCGGCGGUGGUAGUGCAGGGGGAGGUGGCGGCGGGACGGGGGAGGCGCAGGGGUCUGCAGGAGCAGGCGGCAGUAGCGGCAGCGGUAGCAGUGGCUGGAGUGGGGGCGGGAGUGGGGGCGGGAGUGGGGGCGGCGGGGGGUCGCUUCUGGGGUCGCUGGGGGGCGUGCUGUCGUAUUGGGUGCAGGCGGUGUCGCAGCUGGUGCGGGGGUGAGGCGGGCGGUGCGGGGGUGAGGGGGUUGGGGUGAGGCACUGGCGAGCGAGGCGCGUGCGCAACACUACGGUAGUGGGUAGAGCAGGUGUAGGCAGUGGGCAAUCCUGUAUCAUGAGGACUGGCGCGGCGGCAGCUGGCGUGGCAGCAGGCGUGCGAGAAUAUAUGUGGGGAGGCGAGCCGUAGGCAAAGCGCGCGGCGUGCUAGCCAUUAUAUGCGUUUAGGGAGGUGCGGCGCCCUUGGCGCCACCGGUCAGCGAACAAGCUAUUGAGCGGUGCACUUAAGUCAUUAGGGCUGGGUGGCGGUGGCGCAUCAUGAGGAAGGCAAUGGAAGGACAGAGGCCAACUGCCAAGCGCACGCACACACAUUGACACAACCUGCUGUAACACGGUAACCUG